GGGCGCGGCCGCACGGUGCUCGGCAGGGCCGGGUCGGGAUCUCUGCUGGGGUCUGUGCCGGGAUGUACGCGGGGAGGAAGAGGAAAAAGCCGGUGCCGAAGAGCCCCAAACCACCACCCCCUGAGGGUGUGAAGUCCAACCCCUCCAAGAGGCAUAGAGACAGGCUCAACCAGGAGCUGAGCAAGCUGACUGCCUUGCUGCCCUUCCCUGAAGAUGUGUGCACCAGGCUGGACAAACUCUCCAUCCUUCGGCUGGCUGUUGGUUACCUGAAGGUGAAAAGCUACCUGAUGGCUGCAGCAAGAGAUAUUGGUGAUGGUGUGGUGGAUCAGCCCAGAGCCCCAGGAGGGGAGGGACAGAUGGACCUGAAGGUUGACAAGGAGCUGUUUCCUGAGGGGGAACUUCUGCUCCAGGCACUCAAUGGAUUUGUCAUCACCGUGACUGGAGAUGGCUUCAUCUUCUACAUCUCCCCAACUGUGCAGGACUACCUGGGCUUUCAUCAGUCGGAUCUCAUUCACCAGAACGUGUAUGAGCUGAUCCACGCAGAUGACAGAGCUGCCUUCUGCCACCAGCUGCGUGGGGUCCCGGUGUUGGGUGGCACUCAACACUCUGCCAAGGACCUUCCUGGUGAGCAGCCAGGAUGCAGUGCCGUGCCCAGCCAUGAGUACCUUCUCCCUGAGGAGGUCUCCUUCAUGGAGAGGAGCUUCACCUGCCGCUUCCGCUGCUUGCUGGACACCUCCUCAGGAUUUCUGGCCUUGAAUUUCCGUGGGCGCUUGAAAUUCCUUCAUGGGCAGCAGCAGAAGGCAUCAGACAGGUCCCCGCUUGCUCUUUUCGCUAUUGCAACCCCCAUCCAACCACUCUCCAUCCUGGAGCUUCGGACCAAGACGUUAAUGUUCCAGACAAAGCACAAGCUGGACUUCACUCCUACAGCCUGUGAUUCCUGGGGGAAGGUUGUCCUGGGCUACACAGAGACAGAGCUGUGCAGGAGAGGCUCUGGGUACCAGUUUGUGCAUGCAGCUGACAUGAUGCACUGUGCAGAGAACCACGUGAGAAUGAUGAAGACUGGGGAGAGCGGACUGACAGUGUUCCGGCUGCUGACCAAGCAGGGCAGCUGGGUGUGGGUGCAGGCCAGGGCCCGGCUGGUCUACCGAGGGGGGGAGCCCGACUGCAUCAUUGCCCAGCAGCGAGCCCUGUCGAAUGAAGAAGGGGAGGAACAUCUACAGAAGAGAAGGCUGCAGUUGCCAUUUAGCUUAGCCACAGGGGAAGCAGUUCUGUAUGGAAAUGAAGUUCCUGAGUUCCUAGAAUCCUUCCAGGCUAAGGAGUUGCAGACACAAGCAAACUCCCACUGGAAGCAGCACUCAGUAGAUCCCAAUUCUCUUCUUGGGGCCAUGAAGAAGCAGGAUGCAUCCAUAUACAUCUCCCAUGCUGACAAUGUGCCUCAGUUCUACUUGCCAGAUCUCAUCACUGAGCCUGAAAAAUGGAGCCAGAAAGAGGAAGUCAGGGAUGCAAACGAGGACACUGAAUCCCUCCUGGUUGUUGUGGAAACCCUCUUUGAGAAGAGCAAAUUGAGUGGAAGCAUCUGCCAGACCCUCCAGAGCCUCAAUGUGAACAAUGCAGAGCUGCAGCAAUGGGAAAAGGCUCUGCUCAGCUUGAGUGCAGAGGAGGAGCUUCCAGCUCAGGAGGCUGGCACUGAGGUGACCUCCUCUAUGGAGCAAGUGCUCCUCAGGGAGGAUUUUGGGAAGAGCAUGGCCUUCCUGCACUGCAGUGUGUCACCCUGCAACGAGUACAACAGUGCUGUGGCUCAUUUCCAGCACUGCUGGGCAACUAACUCAGUGUUUCAAGCCCCACCAGAGCCCCAGGCACCUGGUGCACAAGGCCAGGAUGCUACGGUGUCUCUGGUGUCUGUUACAUCUGAGGUCAAUUCUGCUCAACCAGAACAGCAGGCCCCAUUUAACCCAGUCAGGCUGGUGACAGGGAGCACUCUGGAUGUCCCUGGCUCCAGGAACAAGCCCUCUGUAGCACUUCAGCUGGCAAACCUGGACGAAGUGGUUCCAACAGAACCACCUACCUCUGUUCCUGUAGGUAAUGCUGUUCCUCAUGACCAACCUGGUUGUGAGCUGGUGGGUUCAAGCAGCCCACUUGAGUUACCAUCAAACACACUGGUGACUCAAUGGCACAUCGUCCCAGUCCAGGCAAACCCAGAUGAUGCUUUAGCUCAGAAUGCUUCUGGAGGUUGUCCAUUGGAAGCUUGGAUGGCCACAGCUCCAAAACAGCUGGAAGAUGCAGGAGCACACCUGGAGUCACAAAGUCUGCUGGCAGACAGCCCUGAGAGCCCCUCAGGGCCUGGGCUGUGGUUACUGCCCUCCCAACCUGCUCCUUGCCCCUCACAGGGCUUGUAUGAGUCCUUGUUCUCCAGAAUUGGGGGCCUCCACAAUGAGAACACCUCUCUCCCCACAAAGGCAUCAGCACUCCUAGGAGCCAGCCAGCUGCCAGGGGGUGGUGACUUCCCUCAACAGCCCCCAGUACUUCCCCUAAAACCCAGUUUAUCCUGGGAUGGGGAACAGGACAAGUGGUUCCUGCAGACUGGGGCAACUCCUUGGAGAUGUGGUGGGGCAGGUCUGGUGCACCACAGCAGAUUCCUCUUGGGGUCUGACAUGGAUCCCAGUACCCAGCAGGUGGAUCACUUGUUGCUGCCUGAGUGUCAAUACAGAAAUAACCUUUUUGGACAUGAGAGCAUCUUUCUUAGGGAUGCCUCUGCUAUCCCUUCCCCAGCAGCUGGGUGCUUUGCCUUGCCCCAGUGACAGCCACCCUGGAGCAUCACAUUCCUCACCAGGCUCUAUUUUGAGGUGCUAAGCAGUUCUCCCUGAGAAAGUGAGUGCAGGAGUAUCAUCCUUCUCUGUCCAGGGCCCUGGCAUCCCACCAGCAUCCUUCAUGGGCUGCUCUGUUCCUGUGAGGUCAAGCUCAAGGCUUGCAGGACCUGUGGGGUCAUCCAGUUUGCAGGGAUGGAACAAGGAGGGUGCUGUGGGGAUGCAGGCACAGGGUUGGUUGUGGGCAGCCUGGCUUGAAGCCUCACUGUGAACUAGAAGUCAUGUUGAAAAGUCACCAGCAAUUUUGAGCCCUCUGGCCCACCCAUACCUGUGAAUGGUGCCCCACACUUCCCAGUUACUUAGGAUUUUGUCUUCCAGUGCUUGAAAUGAGGUACCCUAGCAAAGCUUUCUGUCAGCCUGGGAUGAAGAGUUCAGUGAUUUUUAAUUUAUUUUUUUUUUCCAUGUGGUCUUUCAGGAAGAUGCAGCAAGGCCAGUGGGGAGGUUCAUCAGAGUCUUGGGGUCCAAGAAAUGACACUGCUUGCUGGCCCAUGCCCUCUGGUAGAUGGACCCUCUGGCAUUAGGCAUGCCACAGCACUGAAUUGCUGUUUCACACACAGUGUGGGCUUCUCAUUACCUGUCUGUGUGGACCACCCUUGUCAGGUCACUGUUCAGUCCCCUCCAUCAUCCCAGCCUGCCUGAGCCCCUCUGUGCUCUCCUCUCCUCCCAAGCCCAUGGUAAUCCAAUUCCUUUAGAAAAAAGGAUUCACUUUGAGAAGCUUGGCAGCAUAUAAAG